AUGAGUAUUACAAUUCUAGGAAAUUUACAAUAUAUUGCAACUGAAACAUUUAGGGAUUGCAAAUCAUUAAUAGACAUUACAAUUCCUGAAAGUGCCACAUUCAUUGGAAGCUGGGCAUUUUAUAAUUGUGCAUCAUUAAUGAGUAUUACAAUUCCAGGAAAUGUACAAGAGAUUGGAAGUUACGCAUUCAAGUAUUGCAGAAAUCUCAGAAAUGUUACAUUCCUAAGCAAUAAUAAUAUCAUUAAAUUUGACGAAGAAAUAUUUUAUAGAAUGGAUAAUCCUGUUAAUAUUUUUACUCCUGGAAUAUUUAAAAUUGAUUUAGUUUAUUCUGGAGUUCGUAAAGCUGAAUUUUCGGAGAGAAAUCAUUUAUUUAUUACAAAAGAUACUGUUUUCUCAUCAGAUUGUAAAGAUAUGUUAGGAUGUGGUAGAAUAUAUGUUCAUUAUGAUGGAUCAUUUAAUAUCACAGAUCCUAUUCUUAAAGAUUUUGUUGAUAACUGUGCUAUCCGAUUAAUAGAAGAUAAAAAUUCAACAACAACAGCAUCAAAAACAACAAAAACAACAAUUAUUCCAAUAAGACAUGAAUUCCAAUUUCGAAGGCGAUAA